AUGCGAUGGUCGCCUGUUGCUAGUCAGAACUGCACCUUCACUGACCAUGCGGAUACGAGUUGCAACGGCUGCCUCGCGGGAGCACAUCCAGAAAGGCCGCUGAUUCCCCCGCGGAUUGCUACAGGGCUAGGUUGGGUGGUAAACGUCAAGACGAAGUCCGAUGCCUUUCUCACUUCCAACAUCGAUUCCAUCCCCCACUUAGUCCGGUUCUAUGCGUCCUGCUGCCUCGCCCCUCUUGUAGCGUUUGGAAUCCGCAUUUGCUACUGGCGACCCUGCUAUGUGCCGGAAACCUGGCACCGGUUUGCGCUGGAGCAAUCUGCGCGGACAGGCGCCUUGCCGAAUAAGUGUCGUAUAUCACAGGAGCCAAAGCUGAAGGAAGUGAUCUUGAUUUGCUGUCAGCUGUUUGCAUCACAUGCGAGCUACCUGUGGGGCUAUGAUAAUGCAUGCGCGCACAUCCCCGGUGGAUUACAGAAUCUAAAUGAACUGAAGGUCAAGAGGCGUGGUCUCGGCGUGCGGCCCUCGUCGAUCGGGCAAUGUGUGCUCGAGGCUUUCUUUGCAUCUGCGGAUGCAAUCCGUGUUUUUCGAUCGGGGCACCCUUGCAAAUUGAUAGCGAGUUCAUCUACGAGCAGCCUUUUAGAGGAGUAUCUGCUUUUUAUUUCGCAGCUUGCAAAUACCCGGCGAGCGUGUAGUCCCCCCAUCAAUACCGCCUUUGCCUUUGUGGCGGAGUGCUGGAAUAAAUCAGAUACCGAAGCUAUGGCCGAAUAUGGCAUGUUGCAGCAGCGGCAACUGCGACUUCUUCCCACCUAA